CUGAGGACGUCCCUGAGUUUCACGCAUGCGCGCAGUGCACAGAAGGCUUUGAAAAUGUCGGUUGCAGGUUAAAAAUGAGAAGGAAUUCAUCUCCAGGAAGCUCAAAAACGACACGCCAGUUUUGUUGUCUCUGCCUAGAUACUUAAGAACUGGAGCAAGGGAUCCAAUUGUCCACCCUUCCUGCUCAGACUGUGGGGAGGAAUUCACUCGGUGAUUUUGACCAACUGGCACGCCCAUCAUUUUACACAGGAAAAAGGACAUUCACCUGCCCAGACAGUGGGAAUGGAUUCACUCGGUCAUCUCAACUAAAGGUACAUCAGCAAGUUCACACUGGACAAGGCCAUUCACCUGUUCUGUGUGUGAGAAGGGGUUCAGUCGGUCAUCCCACCUGUGGACACACCAAUCAGUUCACACCGGGCAGAGGCUGGUCUUCUGCUGAACUUCUGGGUAAGGAUUCACUCUGUCAUCUGACCUAAUGGCUCACCAGCGAGUUCACACUGGGGAGCGGCCGUUCACCUGCUCAGUCUGUGAGAAGAGAUUUACUCAGUUAUCCAAUCUACAGAGUCACCAGCGAGUUCACACUGGGGAGAAGCCAUUCACCUGCUCAGUCUGUGGGAAAGGAUUUACUCAGUUAUCCACCCUACAGGGACACCAGCGAGUUCACACUGGGGAGAAGCUGUUCACCUGCUCAGACUGUGGAAAGGGAUUCACACUGUCAUCCCGCCUACUGGUACAUCAGCAAAUUCACACUGGGGAGAAGCCGUUCACCUGCUCAGUCUGUGGAAAGAGAUUCACACAUUUAUCCCAACUACAAAGUCACCAGCGAGUUCACACUGGGGAGAAGCCAUUCACCUGCUCAGAAUGUGGGAAGAGAUUUACUCAGUCAUCCACACUACUGGUACAUCAGCGAAUUAACACUGGGGAGAAGCCGUUCACCUGCUCAGUCUGUGGGAAGAGAUUUACUCAGUUAUCCAACCUACAGAGUCACCAGCGAGUUCACACUGGGGAGAAGCCAUUCACGUGCUCAGUCUGUGGGAAAGGAUUCACUCUGUCAUCCACCCUACUGGUACAUCAGCGAGUUCAUACUGGGGAGAAGCCGUUCACCUGCUCAGUCUGUGGGAAGAGAUUCACUGACUCUUCCACCCUGCAGAGACACCAGCGACUUCACACUGUGGGGAAGCCGUUCACCUGCUUAUUCUGUCGGAAGAGAUUCACUCAGUCAUCCACCCUACAGAGUCAUCAGCGAGUUCACACUAGAGAGAGGCUCAGAAUGUGGGAAAGGAUUCACUCAGUCAUCCCACCUCUUGGCACACCAGUCAGUUCACAGUAAGGAGAGGCCAUUGUUAUGAAUCCUUUGGUUUUGUUUGCUGUAGACUGUCAUUUUAAGAGAAAGAGAGAGAGAAAUUAAGAAGGUGAAUCAGUCUGACUUGCAGCUUGUUUACAUUGCUCGCAGCUUGUUUAGUUUUAACUGAGGACACAGACACUCAGAGUCAGACGGAGACAAAGGAGGAAAAAUGGAAGGAUCAAAACCAGGGAACUAGUAGCCAAGGAUCACUGUUUGGAACUUUCCUUCGCUCACAAGGGUGGGCUAAUUAUCGAUUCACCGUACAUCGAAUGUGUGGUUGUCACCUCAUUUGAUCCACAGGAGUGGAUCUGAUUUGGGAUAUCCUGUGGAGACGACUUAUGUGUUAAGCCUUGCCUGGCUGUGGCGUGGUCAUUCAUUUGAUGAUACCACUUAUGACAAUUCACUUUAGGUGAUAAUUCGUAUGUACAUUUGUAAAGAUGAUGGAUAAAAUCUAGAGCGACUGUUCUCUCUUUUUACCACCAUGGAACCUGUGGAAUACAACAUAAUUGCCUUCUCUCAACAUUUACCCUGGAUUACAAAAAUAUCUCUCUCACAUCACCUAUUCUGUGAAUUAAUUGAACUUUAAUACUUUAACAUCUCCAGACUCCAAGCCUUGUUUCCCCUGAGCUCAGAAGUUUGGGAGUUAUAUUUACACACAUACAUACACAUAACACUCAUGAGGAAAUCUGCAGAUGCUGGAAAUACAAACACAAAAAAAAUGCUGAUAGAACACAGCAGGCCAGGCAACAUCUAUAGGGAGAAGCACUGUCGACGUUGUGGGCAGAGACCCUUCGACAG